AUGUCACAAGUGCAGAGAAGAGGAGCUUUGCGAGUUGCAAGCUCUUACAGAACUGUGUCCGAGCCGGCAUUGCUUGUAAUGACAAGUAUCAUUCCAAUCGACUUAUUAGUCUUGGAAAGGAAACGGAUAUAUAAGGACAAGGAACAUAUAAGCAGGGCAGAAGCAAAAAGGGCAUCUAGGAACCAAACAAUGCGUAAAUGGCAGGAGAGAUGGAACAAUGAUGAUAGGGGUAGAUGGAGAUUUAAACUUAUUCCGGAUAUAAGCAGCUGGGUGAAACGAAAAGCAGGAGAAACAGAUUAUCAUUUGACACAAUUUCUAAGUGGACAUGGGAACGCCAUUUUCGCCGCUUCUGCCACUUACUCAUGGAACGCCAAUUGGAACGCCAUGCCGCUGAAGUAG